AGGUCCUGGCCGCGUUCUUCCUCCGAUUUCGGGCGCCUUCAGUCGUUUUCAGUGGCGUCCUGGUCGCGCUGGACUCUGCUCCGCCAACUGCCCAAAAUCGAAAUUUUUGUGAAUGAAAUUCACGAGCGAACUCAGCGAGUGAAUGAAUGAGUGAAUGAACACGGUGUCGCCAAAUAAUGGCGCAGUGAUUGCAUCAAAAAGUGCUGUACGACUAAAUUACUCAAAUUAAUGAAUUCUCAAAUGUAAUACUCAGAACUAGAGUCUUUAAAAUAUAUUAAAGUACUUGCAAAAAUGAAUAAAUAGUAAAUCAAAAGUUCAAACUGACAAAAUUAAUAAAUAAUAAAUAGAGAGUGGAAACAUUUUCGAAAGAAGACACUUAAAAGCUAAUGGUCGACCGGAAUCUGGCAAAUCGAAUCAGCUGCAGCAAACCAAACGAGUUAACGCAAUGCGGUCCUUCUUGUCGGCAGUCGGGAACGUCUAGUGCGGGUUGGAUAUCCUUGGUCCUGGCUGGGUGUGCGGCCAGAGUGUCCUGGCGUUAAGUGAUUAAUCAUGCUCGUAUAUUUUCCAAGUGAAAUUCAAUUUGGACCGCAACGUCAGUGCAAGAACCACAACAGCCGUCCGGGCGACAGCAAAAUAUAAGGAACACAAACAGGAAAAAUAAGGCACCGGAAUUUUCGAAGGACAUCGCCACGGGGCAACGGCAACAGGACGUGCAGCUGCGGCAUCGAUAGAGAGAGAGAGAGCGAGUGGAGGCAGGAGGAACUGCAUCCGACGCUUGGCAGCCCGGAGGCGAGUCCUGCCGAAGGACAUGAAAAUGCGCUUCAUUAAUUUGGCUGGCAGCCGCGGACUGCAGCAGCGGGAGCAGCAACUGCCGGGGAAAUUGGAACAGGAACAGAAACAGGCACAGGAACAGCAACUGGAACAGGGACUCGCGUCAGCUGCAGCGACACAGCACUGAGUUGCAAUGGUGGAGGACAAUGGCUCGUCGCCGGAAGUGGAAGGAGCGGAAGGAGCCGGCGCGCCUCUCCUGGCGCUCCUCCGGGUGGAUGGGCUCAAUCAGACGCAGACCCGCUCUCCCUCGCCGUCGUUCUUCGGCAGCUACAACAUCUCCGAGGAUGUCUACUUUUACUUCAAUGGGCUGCCCACGAGCACGGAGCUCGUCUUGAACGCCACCACCUCCGCCACCAGCACCACCUUGAGUCCUGCGAUGGUGGCAACAGGAGGUGGCGGCACCACCACGCCGGAACCCGAUCUCUCCGAGUUCCUGGAGGCCCUGCCCAACGACCGAGUGGGCCUGCUGGCCUUUCUUUUCCUGUUCUCCUUCGCCACGGUUUUCGGCAACUCCCUGGUCAUCCUGGCCGUCAUCCGGGAGCGGUACUUGCACACGGCCACCAACUACUUCAUCACCAGCCUGGCCGUGGCCGACUGCCUGGUGGGCCUGGUGGUCAUGCCCUUCUCAGCGCUCUACGAGGUGCUGGAGAACACGUGGUUCUUCGGCACGGACUGGUGCGACAUCUGGCGGUCCCUGGACGUGCUCUUCAGCACCGCCUCCAUACUGAAUCUGUGUGUGAUCUCACUGGACCGCUACUGGGCCAUCACGGAUCCCUUCAGCUAUCCCAUGAGGAUGACGGUCAAGCGGGCGGCCGGACUGAUAGCCGCAGUCUGGAUCUGCUCCAGUGCCAUUAGCUUCCCGGCCAUCGUGUGGUGGCGGGCGGCGAGGGAUGGCGAGAUGCCCGCCUACAAGUGCACCUUCACCGAGCACCUGGGCUACCUGGUCUUCUCAUCGACGAUAUCCUUCUACCUGCCGCUGCUGGUGAUGGUCUUCACCUACUGCCGCAUCUACAGGGCAGCCGUCAUCCAGACGAGAUCUCUCAAGAUUGGAACCAAGCAGGUGCUCAUGGCCUCCGGGGAGCUGCAGCUCACAUUGCGCAUUCAUCGUGGUGGCACCACGCGGGAUCAGCAAAACCAGGUCUCCGGAGGAGGAGGUGGUGGAGGAGGAGGCGGCGGUGGAGGUGGAUCCCUGAGCCACUCGCACUCCCAUUCGCACCACCAUCAUCACAAUCACGGCGGAGGCACGACGACCUCCACGCCGGAGGAGCCGGAUGAUGAGCCGCUAUCCGCUCUGCACAACAACGGACUGGCCCGCCAUCGGCACAUGGGCAAGAACUUCUCGCUGUCCAGGAAACUGGCCAAGUUCGCCAAGGAGAAGAAGGCGGCCAAGACGCUGGGCAUCGUGAUGGGCGUGUUCAUCAUCUGCUGGCUGCCCUUCUUCGUGGUCAACCUGCUGUCCGGGUUCUGCAUCGAGUGCAUCGAGCACGAGGAGAUCGUCUCGGCAAUCGUCACCUGGCUCGGCUGGAUCAACUCCUGCAUGAAUCCUGUGAUCUACGCCUGCUGGAGCAGGGACUUUCGCAGGGCCUUUGUGCGUCUGCUAUGCAUGUGCUGUCCUCGCAAGAUUCGCCGCAAGUACCAGCCCACGAUGCGUUCCAAGUCGCAGUGUCACGUGGCCGCUGCAAUGGUGGCCGCCUCCACCUCCUUCGGCUACCACUCGGUGAACCAGAUCGACCGGACGCUCAUGUGACGGCAGCUGAGCAGUUGCAGCACCUGCAGCGGGGGCAGCAACUGCGGCGGAUCGCGGUCCGCCCACCACCAGCACCACUCCUCGGGCACGGCCACGCCCUCGUCCUCGCAGCGAUCCUGCACCAGAUGCCAGAGCUUCCACCGCCACCACCACCGCUCCAGGCGCCGCAGCUCGGGGAUGCAGAUGCGCGGGGACUACAACUCCACCACGGCGGUGAACAGCGCUCUGGCCAAGACCAUAGUCACCAUCAGUGCUCCUCCGGUGGCGGCCGCCUCGGCCAGUUCGCUGCACCUGGGCGUCGGAGGACGUCGUUCCUCGGUGUCCACCCUGACGAUCGCCUCGGUGCCGCCCACCUUGAGUGGCAGUGGCAGUGCAGGAGGCUCUGUGAGCGGGGCCACUACUCCGCUGGCACCCAGUCUCAAGGCCCUGACCCCGGGACCCUCCAACUCGUCGGGUCACCAUGUGUCCUUCAUGCCCAUGACGGGCAUGAAACGGUUGCGCAGCUCGAACGCCUCGCUGGGAUCGCCCAAUGGCAUCAUCAGCUCUGUGGGCGGAGCGGACACCACCUCUGCGCCCUCGCUCAUCGACGCCAGCGAGGAUCAGGUGCAGAUGCGGAACCACCACCGCAUCCUGGAGCAGUGCCAGAGUGUCCAGAGCCAAAUAACUACGCUGGGCGACGUGGAGGACGACGACGAGGAGGUCAGCGACAGUGAGAGCGAGAGCAUCGGACUCGCCCUAGUGGAGACAACGCCCCAACUGGAGAUCCAGCCCGUGGAGGCGUCGAGUUCCUCCAGCUCCUCGGUCAAGUAAACUCAGCAACAGAACCACGGAAAUCAGCCCAGACUUUAGCUUUAAGAUUCAACCAUAUAUACAUAGGUGUGUUUAUCAGGAGCGGUGGUCGGGCAAUACUUUGGACAGUUCUAAGCCAGUCAGAUUUUGAAUUUACCUUAUUGCCUACUGUUAUUUAACCAGCUCUUCAGGUUUCAAUAAGAAUAUGUACUAUAUGUAAUAAUCAUUUCGCCAGCAAUUAUUUGUGUAUGUAUGUUAGUUUUACCUUCAAGCGAAUCAAUAUAGCUCAAUCCGAAUUGCAACUGGCUUAGAGGUGUCCAUUGAGUUUCGCCAGUCCAUAGGUCGACCCCUCCUCCGAAGUGUGUAAAUAGCAAUCUAGACUCGCCUAGCCACUCAUUAGCUUAUCGAUCGGUGAUAGAACACUAUGCAACAGGGAACCCCCCCUAUAUCGACCACCAAAAACACGGGGUUGCAGUUGCAGUUGCAUAGUGGGAUUAGUGUAACUGUUAGCUCUCAUAUCUUAGAUCUUCCAUUAUGUAGAUGUUCGUUCCGUUUCGUUCCGUUCUGUAAAUGUCUCAAACGUCUAGCAAUUGAAUUGAAAGCUACGUCUUCAACCUGUCCAAGUACCUGACUCUCUGAAAUCCAAGAAGAUACUAUGCAUGUACAUAGCUUAACUUUGACUCCUCUGUCGCUCAAAACUAGCUUUCUGUUACUCGAAACUCGCUUGUUCGUUCGUUAUCAACUGAAAUUCUACGGGUGCAAUGUGAAUUUAUACCAACUUAAGGACUCGAACAAUCAGGCAAACAGGCUUCAAGACCAGUUCCCAGUCGUAGGAGAUCCAAGUACAAAGUCAUAAUCACUGCAAUUGUUGGCUAGCUAAUUAGCCCAUCCUCCAUUACGUUCUCUGAACUACAUACAUAUAAACCAAUAUAGCAAUAUGCAUAGGGUGAAUUUUAAUUGUGCUUCAGACAGCCGAAAGUUGGGAAAUGCGGCAGCUUAAUGAAUUAAUCCCUCAAAAGGCUCGCCCAUCAACUUCUGUACCACUCUACAUGUAUGCUUAUGAUGGCUAAGCUCCUCCGAUUCCGAUUUUGCAAUAAUUAAUGUGUGCAAUUAGGAUUGAUUGGCCCGCCCCCAAGGUCGGCGAAUAAAUCGAGUAGAAGAAUGGGGCUCUGGUGCGGGAAAAACUAAUAACAAUGGCGAGACGUCAGUUUAAUGGAUGAGUAGGAACAAGCCAUUGCGAAAUAUUGCUCAUUGUUUUCAAAAAACAAACAAAGCGGAAUGGAUGGUGCGGUGGGGAGGGAACAGAGAAUGGGGAAUUCCAAACAAAUGGCAAUUAUUAAUAUUGAAUAUGGUAGCUCAUAAGUGACAUACAUAGCUCAUAGAGUCCUCGUUGUGUCUGUAUCCGUGUAUCGGUGUAUUGGUGUGCAAGCAUGUCUAGUCUAAGUGUACAUGUAAAUGCAUUAUCCUUAAGCAUUAUCCUUAAGCUCCGAGCAAGAUGGUUAAACUCAAUUGAUUGCCACGCAUCCUAGGCUAAGCUGCAACUGCAAACGGCAAACAGCAAACCUAGAUUUAUAUAUUGAGUGUACUAUAACUGUAACUACCAUAUACAAACUACGCAAGGAGAUUAAAAAGCGACAACUAAGACGGAA